CUGGCCGCCGGAGGAGCGUUGGACCGUGCUGUGUGCUCAGUGUCAGGCCGGAGGGGGCUCCCUGUACCCGGGGAGAGCGAUGCGCUGAGUCCCCGAGGCCUCGAUGGGCUCCCCGGCACCGUGAUGCCCGCAGAGCCCGGAGCGGCAGGCGCCAUGGAGGCCGAGCUGUACUUCCUGAUCGCCCGCUUUCUGCAGUCGGGACCGUGCCGGAGAUCGGCUCAGGCGCUGGCGGAGGAGUUGGAGGAGCAUCAGCUGAUACCGGAGCGCCUGGACUGGCAGGGGAGCCGGCACCGCAGGACGUACCCGGACCUGGUGGCUGACAACUCUCAUAUUCCUUCUGACUACCUGCUGAAGAUCUGUGAGCGCAUUGGACCGAUCCUAGAGCAGGAGAUCCCGCAGAGCGUCCCCGGGGUGCACAGCCUGCUGGGGGUGGGGAAGCAGUCCCUCCUACGAAGAGCAAAAGAAUUUAAGAAUUCGUCAUGGAAACCAUCAGGAUACGCAGCUCUACACCGGGGCCGGCCCCCAGAACUGCCCGCCAACUACGGGAGGCCGCUCAGUAUUGUAAGAGUGGCCGCCUCCCGGGCGCUGACCGGCUGCACCCGCUUCCAGUACUUCUUCCCCUGCUCUUCUUAUCAGCACAUCAAAAUGCACAAGAGGAUUCUGGGUCACCUGUCGUCGGUCUACUGCGUGGCGUUUGACCGCAGUGGGAGGCGGAUCUUCACGGGCUCUGAUGACUGUUUAGUGAAGAUCUGGGCCACGGACGAUGGGCGACUCCUCUCCACACUGCGUGGUCACUCCGCCGAGAUCUCCGACAUGGCCGUCAACUAUGAGAACACCCUGAUAGCGGCUGGCAGCUGCGACAAGGUGGUGCGGGUCUGGUGUCUACGGACAUGCGCCCCGGUGGCCGUGCUGCAGGGUCACACGGCAUCCAUUACUUCCAUACAGUUUUGUCCGUCAACUAAAGGUAAAACCCGACACCUCACAUCCACGGGUGCUGACGGGACCAUCUGCUUCUGGCAGUGGAACGUGGACACCAUGACGUUCAGCGAUCAGCCCCUGAAGUUCAUGGAGCGAUCCAGGCCGGGCGUCCAGAUCUCCUGCUCUUCCUUCAGCUCAGGUGGGAUGUUCAUAGCUACGGGCAGCACGGAUCACGUUAUAAGAGUGUAUUACCUGGGCUCCGGAGAACCGGAGAAGAUCGCAGAGCUGGAGGCGCAUGUGGAUAAGGUGGUUGCCGUUCAGUUCUGCAAUAAUGGAGACCGUCUGAGCUUCGUCAGCGGCAGCAGGGAUGGCACGGCGCGGCUCUGGCAGUAUCAGCAGCAGGAAUGGAGGAUGGUUGUGCUGGACAUGAGCACCAGGAUGAGUGGGAGCAACGUGUCCAGCCCCGAGGACAAAGGGACCAAGCUGAAGGUGACCAUGGUGGCCUGGGACCGCUCCGACACCACCGUCAUCACUGCCGUCAACAACUUCCUGCUGAAAGUGUGGAAUUCCCACAGCGGUCAGCUCCUCCACAUCUUAUCGGGUCACGAUGACGAGGUCUUCGUUCUGGAGGCGCACCCCUUCGACUCCCGGAUCCUGCUCUCCGCCGGACACGAUGGGAAUAUUUUUGUCUGGGAUCUGGAAAAAGGAACUAAGAUCCGGAAUUACUUUAACAUGAUUGAAGGUCAGGGACAUGGCGCCGUGUUUGACUGCAAGUUCUCUCCUGACGGGCAGCACUUCGCCUGCACGGACUCCCACGGGCACCUCCUGCUGUUCGGUUUUGGGUGCAGUAAAGCUUAUGAGAAGAUCCCUGAACAGAUGUUCUUCCACACGGACUUCCGGCCGCUGAUUCGAGACUCCAAUAACUACGUCCUGGAUGAGCAGACGCAGCAGGCCCCGCACAUCAUGCCUCCGCCCUUUCUGGUGGAUGUUGAUGGAAAUCCACACCCGACGCGCUUCCAGCGCCUUGUCCCAGGGAGGGAGAACUGCAAAGAUGAGCAGCUGAUCCCGCAGCUCGGAUACAUAUCCAAUGGUAAUGGCGACGUGGUGGAGCAGGUCAUCGGGCAGCAGACGGCCGACCACGAGGAAAGCGUCCUGGACGGUCUGAUCCGAGAGCUGCAGAGGGAGCAGGACCAUAGGGUGACCGAGGACGACCCGCCCAGGGACCUCCCGCUGUCUGUCAGCAGUGGAUUUGUCAGGAGUCAGAGUCAAGAUCUGUCAUCUCCACCUAAUGUUGGCCUGCGACGGAGCGGUCAGAUCGAAGGAGUCCGCCAAAUGCACGACAAUGCCCCGAGAAGCCAGAUGGCAACUGAGCGAGAUCUUAUCGCGUGGAGGAGGAGAGUGGUGGUGAAUGAGCUGCAUCCCGGUGUCUGCAGGGUGCUGGAGGAAUGCCGAUCUGCUAAGGGUGACAUGGAGGUACAUCUGUACAGCACAGAGAAGAGGAGGAAGCCAUUGCACCCAGCGCAGAGGAGUGAACAUCAGGUGUGUAGUGGGCGUCCACUGCGGAGAGUCCAGAAGAAGCGCCCGCACACUUACCAGACCCGAUCCAACAUGGAGCACGAUUCUCAGACCAGCGCUGCUACAACCAAUGGGGAAGAUUCUCAUAGCUCUCCGGAGGAUGAGGAGUCGCGUCCGUCCAGCGCUGCGUCCGAUGGUGAAGCGGCUGCCCCAUGGCAAACCGAGAGCUCCUCCAGCGACACCUCCAGCGAUUAUUCAGACUGGACAGCGGAUGCUGGAAUUAACCUCCAACCCCCGAAAAGACAAACGCGGCAGACGACACGGAAGAUGUACAGCAGCUCUGAGGACGAGAAUCCCGCCAAGGAGGAGGAGCGGCAGCGGAAACGCAAGCAGACGCGGAGACGGGCUCUCACAAAGCAGAACGAGUUGGAGGGCGAUCCCAGUGAGGAGUGGAUUCCGCCCCAGUGGAUCCUGGACACCAUCCCACGCCGCUCCCCUUUCGUCCCGCAGAUGGGAGACGAGGUCAUCUAUUUCAAGCAGGGACACGAAGCGUACGUGCGCGCCGUGAAGAAGGCGAAGAUCUACAGCGUCAACAUGCAGAAACAGCCGUGGAACAAGACUGAGCUGAGGGAACAGGAGUUGUUGAAAGUUGUGGGGAUUAAAUACGAGGUGGGGCCCCCCACCCUCUGCUGCCUGAAGCUCGCCUUCCUCGACGCCACGUCCGGCCAGCUGAGCGGAGAGUCGUUCUCAGUCAAGUAUCACGAUAUGCCGGAUGUGAUUGACUUUCUCGUCCUCCAUCAGUUCUUUAAGGAAGCGAAGGAGCGGAACUGGCAGAUCGGAGAUCGCUUCCGCAGCAUCAUCGACGACGCCUGGUGGUUUGGGACUGUGGAGAGUCAGCAGCCCUUACGGAUGGAGUACCCUGACAGUCUGUUCCAGUGCUACAGCGUCCACUGGGACAACAAUGAACGGGAAAACAUGAGCCCAUGGGACAUGGAGCCGAUCCCAGAAGAAACAGUCUCCCUCCCGGACGAGGUCGGCGCUGGUGUUCCCGUCACUGCCGAGGAGCUGACCGCUCUGCAGUAUAAACCCCAGGAAGGAGAGUGGGGAGUAAAGAGCAGAGAUGACGUGUGUGAGCGGGUGAUCCCGGGGGUGGACCAGCUGCUCGCGCUCGAGUUGGCCAGCCCGUUCAGCGCUCCGGUGGAUCUCGGCGCCUAUCCUCUGUACUGCACCGUGGUGGCCUAUCCAACCGACCUGAGCUCGGUGAGGAAGAGGCUGGAGAGCCGCUUCUACAGGAGAAUCUCUGCCCUGAUGUGGGAAGUGCGUUACAUUGAACACAAUGCCAGAACCUUCAACGAGCCAAAUUCUCCCAUCGUGAAGGCCGCCAAGAUUGUGACGGACGUUCUGCUGCGAUACAUCAGAGAUGACAACUGCACAGACAUCUUGGAGAUUUACAACCAGGUGAAGUGUGAGGAGGUCAGCGAUGCGGAGGAGGAGGCCGAGGAGAGUGCAGUGGCUGAUAUGGAAUCGGACGGUCCAGGGACCUCCGCCGGGCGAGCAGUGAGUAAACCUCUGAUCACUCGCCGCACUAAGAGGGAUCUGCUGAGAUCGAAUCCAGAUUCCUGGAAGGACCACUGCAAGGAACUGCUGGACCUGAUCUACGAGCGAGAGGACUCCGAGCCCUUCCGACAGCCGGUUAACAAUGUCUCCUAUCCUGAUUAUCAGGACGUCAUUGAAAAUCCCAUGGAUUUCAGCACAGUCAAAGGCAAACUGGAGGCGGGAGACUACAGCGACCCCCUGGAAUACGGGCAGGACGUCCGGCUCAUAUUUAGUAAUUCCAAAGCUUACACCCCGAACAAGAAAUCCAGGAUAUACAGCAUGACUCUUCGAUUAUCUGCUCUGUGUGAAACCUACAUCAAGGACAUCAUCUCUGACUACAAGCUCGCCAUGCAGCUGCAGCAGCGGAGGAGGCAGCGCUACAGGAAGAGGAUCCGCAGCAGCAGCAGCAGCUCUUCUGCCUCUAGCAGAGCCGCCAGUCUGAAAGGGAAACCGCGGAAGAUUCCACAGAGGGUCCUGCAGAGCGCCGCCCUCCCACGUCUACGGAGCAGCUCCUCCUCCUCGUCCUCAUCCUCCUCCUCUUCCUCCUCAACCUUUGAAAUGUCUGAUUCCGCUCUGGAGCCCGGCCGUGUCUCAGCGGAGGAGGAGGAGGAGAUGGAGGAGGAGCAGCCAACGUCUUCCAGACCGAACCCCCAGAACAAGAGCGACCCUGAGGAGGAGGAAGCAGCGAGCGUCUCCAAGGCCCCAUCCUCCCCGGUGAAAGCUGAACUGACUAAUGGACCCCUGACAAACGGCGAGGGCGAUGACACCCCAAAACCCAGGAGAAAGCUGCUGAGCUCCUCCGAAGAUGAAGGCCAGGGAGAAGACGAGGAGAAAGUGGAGGAGGAGAAAACCAGUAAACGGCCCCCAUCCCCGUCCACAAGUGGCCGCUCCCAGUCAAGCCUCAGUUCAAAGAGCGGGUCAGAGUCAGAGGGCAGCUCCGACCCAGACUCCUCCACCAAAUCUGACCAGGACUAUGUGGAUGGGGACCACGAUUACACCAAAGUAUCACGGACAAAGCUGAAGAGGAAGCGAGGUAGCCCUGCCACUGACCACAAAUCAAAAGGAAAGGGGAGGGGCCGUGGGCGUGGAAGGGGGCGGGGCCGACCAAAGGGUUACCACUUAAGAGGUGCUGAUACCAAGAAAGGCAAAGGUCGGGGCAGGGGGAGGGGAGUCUCCAAAAAGGACCCUUCCCACAGUCCGGCUCUAAAGCACGCUGACUUGUCGGACGAGGACGUGAGCGAGGACCCCAGUGAGGACGACGCAGGAGACGACAGCGACUUCAUCGAGCAAGAGCGGAAAAAGCCGCGGAUCAACACCCGCAACCAGGGCCGGAGGACAGUGCUGUACAACGACGACGACUCCGACAACGAGCCCGAAGGCCUCCUGCUGAUCGACGACCCCUUAAACCUCGGCACCUCCAGGUCAGGACGUGUGAGGAAGAUGACGGAGAAGGCCCGGGUCAGCCACCUGAUGGGCUGGAACGGCUGACGGCGGAUUCCGUGUAGGGUUCUUGGCUGUUUUACUUGGUGCUUCUUUUAUUUUUAUGCUGUUGUCAAAGUAUUCACGCCCUGUAUCCUUUGGAGGGCCAGCCUUAUUCAUGAGGUCUUCAGAAAUCCAACACUACAGAUUUGGGGAGCAGCGUCCUGCACCCCGCGGACUCCAUGCGGCAGCGUUUGUGUAUUAUAGCGUUCAGCACCUUUUAUAGAGAUUUUAUAGGUUUUGUGACUUUAAGCUUAAAGUACAGAAACUCCUAUGUUUUGCACAAGACUCCACCCGGAUGGCAGCUCCUCGAUGUUUACAGGUUUUAUGUUGUUUUUUUUGGAGGGGGCGGGGCAUCAAUGUAUAGAAUUUCCAAUGCCAAAUGUAUUAGCGCCGGGGCUUGGUUUUCGCCGCUCUUGUUCCUGUGCCUUUGUACGUACGUUUUCGCCCUCUCAGCCUGGUGGAUACUGGAAGAUCCGUAGCCAUUUUGCUUUUCGGCUUCAAACUACCUCUGACGCGUUGUUUGUGGCUGUAAAGACCGGGACACGGGUCCAGGGGGCAGCAUUUUAGGUUAGGGGGGGGGGGGGGAUAAAGCCACUGUAGAUGUGUAAGGGAGGGUAUAAUAGGGGCGGCACAUGGAGGGGUGGGGGGGUCUCUGUGUUUUGCACUCUGGGGCUGCUCAUCACGUGAGGUUUGUCAAAGUUGCGUUGGGUGGUAUUUAUUGUAACUUUUUGGUGCUCCUCCAUUUUACACUGGUGACGCCCUCGUCCCAGGAUCACCGGGGUCUUCUCUUCCCAUUGAUCCCAGCCAGAGGCGUAAUCAUGAGGUUUGGAGCCACACAGGACCAAUUAUAAUGAAGGUGAUGGUGGCGGGUGUUUACGUCUGCCAGGCGGGAGUCCGUGCCAUUAUCAUGUCUGGGGGGAGAUACGGAAAUAACCAUAGCAACAGAUAAGCCCCUACCCGCGGAUUUGUUGGGGGACCCCCCCAUAGGUUUACACUCCUGAUUUAUUUAUUAUGACCCUUGGUGCUUUAUCUGACACUUCCUGUGAAUCUGCGUCAGUCCAGAUAUUUGUAGUUGGGCCCUCAAAUAUGAAGCAAAAAGUCGCCCGCUGAUCGUCCCCCGCCCGCUGAUCGUCCCCCGCCCGCUGAUUGUCCCCCGCCCGCUGAUUGUCCCCCGCCCGCUGAUUGUCCCCCGCCCGCUGAUUGUCCCCCGCCCGCUGAUUGUCCCCCGCCCGCUGAUUGUCCCCCGCCCGCUGAUU